GCGCGCGUGGGGGGAUGGGUACGCGCGUCGAGGCGUCGCGCGCGCGGGCGAGGCGUCGAGGCGAAGGACGGCGAGGCGUCGCGCGUGGACGACGCGUCGCGUCGCGCGUGGACGACGGGCGCGGUGGAGGAUCUCGCGACGGGCGCGCGGGGGAUCGCGGUGACGUCGGGACGCGCGCGCGGGCGCUCGAACGCGAACGUGGUGACGUACUCGCCGAAAGUGUUCGUCCCGCUCACGCGGGCGUGUCGGGACGCGUGCGGGUACUGCGCGUUCGUCCGAGAUCCCGAGGAUUGGCGAUCGGUGUACAUGACGAUCGAUGAGGUGUUAGAGGUGGCGAGAGCGGGGGCGAGAGCGGGGGCGACGGAGUGUUUGUUGACGUUCGGGGAUCGACCGGAGGCGACGCGCGAGGCGGCGCGCGAGGCUUUGCGCGAGCUCGGGUGCGCGAGCACGGUGGAGUACGCGGUGCGCGCGUGCGAGGCCGUUCUGCGAGAGACGGGAUUGUUGCCGCACGUGAAUGCGGGAGUGCUCACUCGGGAGGAGCUGCGGGCGCUUCGUCGCGUGAGCGCCUCGCAGGGGUUGAUGCUGGAGACGACGAGCGAGCGUUUGUUAGAGCCCGGCGAGGCGCACGCGGGAUGCGAGACGAAGCGACCGAAGACGCGCUUGCGAUGCAUCGAAAUAGCGGGAGAGGAACGCAUUCCCUUCACUUCUGGGUUGUUGAUAGGUAUCGGGGAGACUCGCGAAGAGCGCGUGGACGCUCUCCUUGCUCUGCGAGACGUGCACGCGAGACACGGACAUCUCCAGGAGCUCAUCAUACAGAAUUUUCUCGCCAAACCCGGAACACCGAUGGAAAACCAUCCGAAUCCAUCGCUUGAGGAGCUCACAUGGACGGUGAGCGCGGCGAGGGAGAUUUUUGGCGCGGACAUGGUUAUUCAGGCACCGCCAAACUUGACUCCCGGUCAGGAAGAAGGUUGGCGCGCGCUGUUGCGCGCUGGGGCGAAUGAUUGGGGCGGAAUAUCUCCCGUCACCCCUGAUCAUGUCAACGCCGAAGCACCGUGGCCGCACAUAGAGAAUCUCGCCGCAGUGUGCGCCGAGGAGGGCAUGGCGUUGGUGCCGAGAUUGUGCGUGCAUCCAAAAUUUUUACGCAUGGAUGACUCGGGAGGAAACUUGGGAGGUGCGGAGGUGUGGCUCGAUGCGAAUGUCGCGAGUUAUGUUCGUAAGCUCGCCGAUGGUGAAUUUCUGGCGCGCGGAACGGCGUGGUCCCCUGGUCGCCCAGUUGACUUGACAAGUGUAGAUCGCUCGCUGGACAUCGUUGGCGUGAACGGUGCGGUGCCGUGCGGUGGCAAAGUUGAGAGAGAGCGUCGCUCGUCGCCCGCCGUCUCGCGCGCGAUCGCCAAUAUAUGUGAGAAAAGUUACGACUUGGAUGACAUCGUGAUGUGCCUGCAGGCGAGAGGAGAUGAUUUUGACGCGGUGUGCAAGGCGGCGGAUGAUUUACGCAAAGAGCAGUGUGGCGAGAUUGUCUCGUUCGUGAGCAAUCGAAACAUUAAUUACACGAACAUUUGCACGCUCGCGUGUACUUUCUGCUCGUUCAGUAAGGGUAAAGCCGCGGAAGAGCUGCGAGGGUCGCCUUAUCUGCUCGAUUUGGAUGAAGUCUCCAGGCGCACAGCAGAGGCGUGGUCAAAAGGUGCGACAGAGGUGUGCAUGCAAGGCGGUAUUCAUCCGUCUUUCACCGGAGAAGAUUAUCUAGCGUUUAUCAAAGCCGCCAAAGUCGGCGCACCAGACAUCCACGUGCAUGCGUUCUCACCUCUUGAGGUCUCGCAUGGCGCCAGAACGCUUGGCAUGAGCGUGCGCGAUUACUUACGCACGCUGAAAGACGCCGGCCUGGGAUCUUUACCUGGCACCGCUGCGGAGAUCCUCGACGAUGAAGUGCGCAAAAUACUAUGUCCGGACAAGCUUAACUCGAGUCAAUGGUUGGAGGUCGUGGAAGAUGCGCAUGCAGUGGGUGUACCGACAACAAGCACCAUUAUGUUCGGCCACGUUGACACAGACGGUCCGCUCGCAUGGGCGCGCCACCUCGCGGCGAUUCGGGAUUUGCACAUGAAAACGGGCGGAUUUUCCGAAUUUGUACCGCUUCCUUUUGUACACUUUGAAGCGCCCACAUAUCGCGUUGGCGCCUCUCGAAAAGGUCCAACGCUGCGCGAAUGCAUACUCAUGCACGCUGUUGCGAGGCUCGUGCUCGGUCCGAUAGGCAUCACGAACAUCCAGGCGAGCUGGGUGAAGAUGGGUCCCGAGUUUGCCGCCCAUCUCUUACACGCCGGAUGCAAUGACAUGGGCGGCACGCUCAUGAACGAGUCCAUCACGCGCGCCGCCGGCGCGCAGUUUGGGCAAGAAAUCGACGCCGCCGCCAUGCGCCGCAUCAUCGAGAACGCCGGUCGCAUCUCUCGUCAACGCACCACGCUCUACGCUGACGCCCCGUCCGACCGCGUCCCCAUUUCUCGUUAG